AUGUCCACAGACCCUGCCCCACAGACCAUGCCCACAGACCCUGCCCCACAGACCAUGCCCACAGACCCUUCCCCACAGACCCUUCCCCACAGACCACGCCCACAGACCAUUCCCCACAGUUCACACCCACAGACCCUGCCCCACAGACCAUGUCCACAGACCCUGCCCCACAGACCAUGCCCACAGACCCUGCCCCACAGACCACGCUUACAGACCCUGCCCCACAGACCACGCUUACAGACCCUGCCCCACAGACCACGUCCACAGACCCUGCCCCACAGACCCUUCCCCACAGACCCUUCCACACAGACCAUGCCCACAGACCCUGCCCCACAGACCAUGCCCACAGACCCUUCCCCACAGACCACACCCACAGACCCUGCCCCACAGACCCUGCCACACAGACCCUGCCCCACAGACCACGCCCAUAGACCCUGCCACACAGACCACGCCCACAGAACCUUCCCCACAGACCACGCCCACAGACCCUGCCCCACAGACCCUUCCCCACAGACCCUUCCCCACAGACCCUGCCCCACAGACCCUGUCACACAGACCACGCCCACAGAACCUUCCCCACAGACCACGCCCACAGACCCUGCCCCACAGACCACGCCCACAGACCCUUCCCCACAGACCACGCCCACAGACCCUGCCCCACAGACCACGUCCAUUUACAUUUACUUUUACAUUUAUAGCCUUUGGCAAAUGCCCUGA